AUGAAUGUCCACAAACGCUGUGUGAUGAAUGUUCCGAGCCUCUGCGGACUGGACCACACCGAGAAACGGGGGAGAAUUCACCUCAAGGCCAGGAUUCUCAAAGAGAAUGAACUGCAUGUAACAGUUGGCGAAGCUCGGAAUCUAAUCCCGAUGGAUCCCAAUGGAUUGUCCGACCCCUACGUCAAGCUGAAGUUGAUCCCUGACCCCAAGGGACACAGCAAGCAGAAAACCCGGACCAUCCGCUCGACGCUGAACCCCAUAUGGAAUGAGUUCUUCACAUUCCAACUAAAAUCCACUGACAAGGAUCGCCGACUCCUGAUUGAGGCCUGGGAUUGGGAUCGAACAUCCCGGAAUGAUUUCAUGGGUGCAAUGUCCUUUGGGAUUUCUGAACUUUACAAGAUCCCUGUCGACAGCUGGUUUAAGUUACUGAGUCAGGAGGAAGGUGAAUAUUAUAAUGUCCCUGUGACUGCUGAUUCAGUAGAAGAGGAAGCUGAACUACGCAAUAAAUUUGAG